AUGUCAACCAUACUUAGGAUGUCGCUUGUUAUGCAUCUAUUAUCUCUUCUGCUUUCAACAGCUAUAGCUCAUUCUAAUCAAAGGACAAUGCCUCUCAAAUCUUUCAAAAUAAGAGAAAACGUAACAUAUGAUUGCGUAGAUAUUUAUAACCAACCAGACAUCAAUCAUCCCUUGCUCAAAACCCACAAAAUUCAGAUCAAACCAUCAGUUUCAAGACCUGAAUUAAAGAUGCAAACAGGCAAAAACGAAAUAUCUAACAAAAAUGAAAUAGAAUGUCCAAAUGGAACUGUUCCUAUAUUGAGAAGCACAAAAGAAUUUAUCACAAACUCACAAAUAUUUGCUGAAAAGCAUUUUCAUCCGCUAUCAACUGAUAGUCCGGGAACGCAUGUUGCUGGAGUAAGAUCAUCCGGUGGUCCAUUUCGUGGUGUAAAAGCUUAUUUUAGUGGAUUUAAACUAAAUGUGGGAAAAGAUCAAGCCUCAUAUGGUCAAAUAUAUGUAGGCAGUGGAUCUGGAAACCAAGUCAAUUAUAUCUCAGCCGGCUGGAUGAUAAAUCCAGAUUUAUUUGGAGACCAACGUGUUUGGACAUUUGGAUUUUGGAAGGGUAAGGAUGGAAAAGGAUGUUACAAUACUGCAUGUCCAGGGUUUGUUCAAGUAUCAAAGGUGGUUCCUAUUGUCGAGCCCAAUGACCUUAAGCCAGGGGUCCCUGGCUAUUUGUAUUAUUCCAUUCAUCAGGAUAAAAAUACAGGAAACUGGUGGAUUACACGAUUUUUGAGAAAUGCACCUAGUGUAGAUAUCGGUUAUUGGCCGAAAGAGCUAUUUAACCUUUUAGACAAUGGUGCAAAUAUAGCUGGAGUUGGUGGUGUUGUUCAAGCUUCGCGUUCUGGUUCAAGCCCUCCCAUGGGUAAUGGUAAUUUUCCAAAUGGAGACCGCCACAAUUCAGCAAUUUUUACAAAUAUUGAAGUCUUGAAUUCCAACUAUGAACAACGCAAUAUGAACUCUUUUCCUAUCAAUUAUUUGGUAGAUAGUGAGAAAUGUUAUAGGUUAAUCGUUGGUAAGAGAGGAGUUUUCUAUAAGUAUCCACUCGGUUUCUUUUUCAACUAUGGUGGUCCGGGAGGAAAUUCAUGUGGGGUUUGA